GGGAACGUUUUGAUUUGUCACAGACUCACAGCUCCCAAGAGUCACUUUCGCAGUUUCUCCCUUGCUAUGGCUUUCUCGGGGGCUCUUACGUUGACGGACUUGAACGACUUCAUUACCCCUUCUCAAGCAUGUAUAAAGCCUGUGGAUCAGACCAACAAGGCGGAACCUAAGGAUCCUGGCGCAGCCUCUACUGAAAUUCUGGUCGACUCGGCGGGGUCCUACUAUGAAGUAUCCGCCGACAGUUUGAAGACGAAUACCGCCUCUCAGAAGAAACUGGAGACCGCUGAAGUCAGUCUGAACGAUUGUUUGGCUUGUAGCGGUUGCAUUACAUCCGCAGAAUCAGUCUUGAUUACUCUUCAGUCACACACUGAAGUACUCAACUUCCUCGCUCAGAACCCAUCUCGACCCGAUCCCUCACACAAGAUACCCAUUGUGUCCGUCGCGCCUCAAUCGCUUGCUUCUCUCGCGGCCUCGAUAUCCUCAACAAGUACUGCUACUCCUGUGACAUUGCACCAAGUACUCCGGCGGGUGCAGGCAUUCUGUGAGACUGUGCUCGGCUUCGAGCACGUAUUCGAUACGACAUUCGCUCGACAUAUUGCGCUACUUGAACAUGCACGCGAGUUCCAAGAACGCAAGAAAGGAGAGGGCGCAUUACCUAUGCUCUCAAGCGCAUGUCCGGGUUGGGUCUGUUACGCAGAAAAGACUCACGCCGAAAUGCUUCCUUUCAUAAGCCGUACGAAAAGCCCUCAACAGGUCAUGGGAACUCUAGUAAAACAAUGGUUACGUCGCAAAUGGGGAAAACGUCCUAAUCAGAUAUAUCACGUCUCGGUCAUGCCGUGCUACGACAAGAAACUUGAAGCCUCAAGGCACGAUUUCUACAACGAGGCAUAUAGUACUAGAGACGUCGACUGCGUCAUAACUACCGGGGAGCUUGAACGUAUGAUGCGCGAGAAAGGAUGGAACUUAUCGAUCCCCGUGACAGGUGAGGACGACCUUGGUAUCCGUACGAACGGCACGGGUUCCUCCCCUUCGCUAUCUUCCCUUACACUGGAGGAAUGCGAUCAGAACCUCGAUACUAUAAUCCCGGAAUUGAUAACACACCCGGGUACAAGUUCCGGAUCUUAUCUUCACUCGUUGAUCGUCAUGCUCAUGGGCACCUCGGACGAUCUUGAGUUGAAUGUCCGAAACAUUCGUUCCGCAGAUUACGAGGAAUACACCCUCACCCACCGUCUUUCGAGAGAAAUCGUUUUUCGAGGAGCCAAAUGCUAUGGCUUCCGAAACCUUCAGAACGUCGUGAGAAAAGUCGGUCGGGACGCUGGCGUUCAAGUCGGAAGAGGCGCAGCGGGCAGGCUUGGGGGUCUUCGAGGAAAGGGUGUCAGGACUCGUAAGAAUGCAGGCGGCGAUGCAGCUGGUACGCCAGAAAAGGGUUAUGAUUACGUCGAAGUGAUGGCUUGCCCCGGUGGAUGUGCGAAUGGUGGAGGACAAAUUCGACCGCCUGUCCGUUCAAAUGUUGACGAAGAAGGUUACAAGCGAGACUGGGAGUCGAGCGGCGUCGCGAUGGAUGUAGACUUGCCGAUCCAAGGACAAAGUGCUAAGUGGGGCGACCGAGAAUGGACGAAGAAAGUAGAAGAGAUGUAUUGGCAUGGUCUUCCGACUCCCCCUCCAUCUCCUACCUUAGACCAUGGCAACUUGCGGAUAGGUACCGAUGCCAAACGACAUUUCGCGGAUUUACUUGCACUGGAGGUCCUCAAGGAGACGUGCAACCCAGCGGUUUCCAUUGAUGAUAUGGUAUGGACUUCGUCUAUGAACGAAGAAGCAGAGGCAAAGCGAAGGACGCUUUUUAGGACUCAGUAUAGAGCUGUAGAGAGCGAGGUUGUUGGUCUCGCGGUAAAAUGGUAAAUAUGAUAUGUGGAAAGUUCAUCCAUGUAUCGGUAGCAGAUAUAUAGACAUAAUACAGUUGAAUUAUUUGUGCAACU